GUGACGCGGGGCGGGCCUGGGCUUCUCCGGGGUCCGCCGAGCCGCGAGUGGGGUCCGAUCGAGCCUGGAAGGAGCGCGCUACAGAUUUGAUUAAAUUUCAAGCUCUCCAGUGCAACACUAUGUUCAACAUCCACCAGAAGUUGAUCACAGCAUCAAGCUGAAGGAACAGAGAUUCCUGGAGAGGUGUUCUCUCAGAUCCCAAGGAUGGAGGCUGGCUCGGUGGUCCGUGCUAUCUUUGAUUUCUGUCCCAGCGUAUCUGAGGAGUUGCCACUCUUUGUGGGGGACGUCACAGAAGUAUUGGCUGUAAUAGAUGAGUUCUGGCUCCUUGGAAAGAAGGAAGGGGUUACAGGACAGUUCCCCAGCAGUUUUGUGGAACCUUUAUAUGUCCCUGCUUUGAAUCAAGGGGAGAAGCUCUUCGUUUGUACCAGCAACUUUACUUCCCAGGAGCCUGGCAGCCUGACCUUGCAAAGAGGUGAUCUGGUUGUUUUGAAUGGUUCUGCGGCCUCCCCAUGGCUCCAAGGCCGAAGCUGCUGGGGAGCCAGGGGUUUCUUCCCAGCGUCCUGUGUGCAAGAAAUCUGCCUCUCCAACUUUGGCCCUCGAUACUCUCAUGCAACCAUGCUGGAGAUGCCGCCCUAUGCCUUGGGCCAGGCCCGAGCAGUGAUGAGCCUUUCUGCGCAGUUGGAGGAGGAGUUGGACUUCCGGGAAGGGGACAUGAUCACCAUUACUGGGAUCCCUGAGCCUGGGUGGUUUGAAGGGGAGCUUGGAGGUCAACGAGGCAUCUUCCCUGAGGGAUUUGUGGAACUUUUGGGUCCCCUGAAAACAAAGAGUAACUUGGAGGAGAUAGGAUCCUCAGAAAUCCACAGUGUGAAUGGAGUGAAAGAUGUAUACUCCCAGGAAGAGCAAAGUGUAUGGGAUGAUAGGGAGGAGUUCCCAGGGCCUUAUGGGAUUGCCUUAUAUCAGUUCCGGGCCCUGGAGUCAGCAGAGCUUGACUUUGAGGUGGGAGACAGAAUUCGGAUUGUGGGAGUCCUGGAUGAUGGCUGGCUGGAAGGCGAGCUCCGAGGAAGACGUGGCAUCUUUCCCCAUAGAUUUGUGAGGUUGGAGGAGGGUAGUCCUCCAUCCAGGAAGAAAUGGGAGACUGAAUGUUCAUCGAAGGGGGUAGACUUAGAGGUAUCCAGCCCCCACAAGGCAAUUUCUCCUGCUGUGUGGGAAGAGCCUGAGUGGAGCCCAGUCUGUAGUGAGGAGAAGCUUAGUCAUGUUCCAGAGAGAUUGGAGGAUGCUUUGGAAUACUCUGAGCUCAAGGAGGAUGAAGUGCUAAACCACCAAAAUGAAGCCUUCCUGGGAUCUCUUUCUUUAGACAUGUCAGAGAACCCUGAUGUUGACUCAACCAAAUCUGUAAAUGGAGUUUCUAAUGUACCUCAGCUCCCACUCCAACCAAAGAACCAGCCCUGUGGCCAGGUUAGUGGACGAAAGUCCAGUCAGAGCCUGAGGACCUCAUGGGACUUCACUGAGGCCUGCAGCCCCCAAGAGCAGGAUGAAGAAACUCAAAGUUUUGCACCUGAAAACAUCCUUUGUGAAGACAUGGUCCCUUGCGUGGAUGUUCAGUGGCAAAAGCCCAAAUCCUGUUCUUCCAGCUUCAGUGGGUCUCAUGAGGACCUUGAUACUUGGCCUGUCUGUCAUGCCACUCAGGUUGAGCGACCCCAAGGAGGACUUCAUGGAGAGAGUUGUGGGGACCUUGAUUCCAAACUGACAGAGCAACUAGCACAAUUUGAGCAAAGCUUAACCAAUCCCGCAGGCCAUGUUAGCUACAGCACCCCGCAACAGGACGAAAUCUCCCGCCAUUUUUCCAUCCUGGAUUUUAGCUCUGAGAAGGACAUUGUACGUGGCUCAGUGGAACACACUCCCCAAAGGAGGAAAGUGUUAAGGCCACCUCCUCCUCGUCCUAGCACUCCAGUCUUGACCCCAUUUCAUUCGCCAGCAGGGCAGACCCCUCAAAGUACACCUUCCCCUCAGAUUCCACCAACUUCUGUGAGACCCUCUCGGCCAGCUCCGCUUCCACCUUCAGGCAGCCAGAGGAAGAUGCCAGUUUCAGUAAAACUACGUUCAGAGGGCAAAGAGAGACCAAGCAGCACUGACAAGCCUGGGGAUACAUCACAGUAUCUUUUCAUGGCUAAACACAUUCAGGAACUGGAUCAAGAACUGGAUGUUUACAGAAAGACCCGAACAGAGCUCAGUGCAAUGCUCGAGCAGCCACAGAAUGAGCUUGUGCGGAUAGAGACACUGGAGAACCUGGACUUCUGUGACCGCAAGAUCUCCAUUCUGACUCUGGAGUUGCAGGAACUGAAGGAAGAUCCAGUCUCCUCGUCCUUGGGAUGCAAGAGCAACAAUGAGGGAUUAGAGUCUAGGUAUGAAUCACCGAAACGGCACUUUAUGGAAGACAGAGAAUCUGGAAGGAUGGAAGUGGUGGCUGACCAAUCCAGAACACCAGGCCUGCAGGUCUGGGAUAGUGGAUGCCCAAGAACCCGUUCAGGUCGCACAGACUGGAAACUGGACUGGGAAGAAGAAGCUGGGUGGGCAGGUGGCACAGAACCUUGGCAGCGGAAUAGCUGUUACCGCCGAACGGCUCCUAGUGCCUUGAGGCACCAUGUGAAAGCAAAAAAAGAGAUGACCCUUCUCUCUGCCCAGCCAGCAUCCCUGGAGUCAGCAGCUACUGCAGCCACAACUCCAAACCCGGAGCAGAGGAUGUUGGAAAAGAGGACAAAAGUCAUUGAGGAGUUGCUGCAAACAGAAAGAGAUUAUAUCCGUGACCUUGAGAUGUGUGUGCAGAAAGUGCUAGUGCCAUUGCAGGAAGCACAGGUGCCAAAUGUAGACUGUGAGGGGCUUUUUGGGAACAUUUAUGGAGUCAUUGCCUUCUCAAAGCAGUUGCUGAACACUUUGGAAGCUGCUGAUGCUGUUGGAUCAACCUUCCUGUCACUUCGGGCUGAGCUGGAGGCUGUGUACAAAGUGUACUGUCAUAACCAUGAUGAGGCCAUUGCACUGUUGGAGGCUUAUGAGAAAGAUGAGAGGGUCCAGAAGCACCUCCUGGAAUCACUGGAGGUCCUCAGGAGUCUGUACAGUGAAUGGGGCUGUACCAACUACAUUGACCUGGGCUCCUUCUUGAUCAAGCCCGUUCAGCGUGUGAUGCGUUACCCACUGCUGCUGAUGGAGCUCCUGAGUGCCACACCUGAGUCCCAUCCUGAUCGUGUUCCUUUGGCAGCUGCUGUCCGGGCAGUCAAGGAGAUCAAUGGGAACAUCAAUGAGUACAAACGCCGGAAGGACCUGGUGCUGAAAUACAGAAAGACGGAUGAUGACAGCCUCAUUGAAAAGAUCUCCAAGCUCAACUUCCACUCCAUUAUCAAAAAGUCCAAUCGUGUCAGCAGCCACCUCAAGCAUCUCACAGGUUUUGCACCCCAGCUCAAGGACGAGGCUUUUGAGGAGACAGAGAAAAACUUUAGAAUGCAGGAACGGCUGAUUAAAUCCUUCAUCCGUGACCUCUCCCUUUACCUUCAGCAUGUUCGGGAAUCGGCCUUUGUGAAAGUGACAGCGGCACUCAGUAUGUGGGACCUUUGCAUGGAGAAAGGCAGUGCUGAGUUGGAGCAGUUUCAGAAGGUCCAUCGCCUUAUCAGUGAUCAGCUCUUCUCUGAUUUUAAAGAGCGAACGGAGCGGCUGGUGAUCUCGCCACUCAGCCAGCUGUUGAACAUGUUUGCUGGGCCUCACAAACUUGUGCAGAAGCGUUUUGACAAGCUCUUGGACUUCCACACUUGCACGGAGCGUGCUGAGAGAUUGAAGGACAAGCGGACCUUGGAAGAUUUGCAGUCAGCACGCAACAAUUAUGAAGCCUUGAACACUCAGCUGCUGGACGAACUGCCCAAAUUCCAGUGCUGUGCCAAGGAACUUUUCACCAGCUGCUUGCGUGGCUAUGCGGAGGCCCACUGUGACUUUGUGCGCCUCGCCUUGCAGGAAAUGAAACCUCUUCUCUCACUGCUGAAAGUGGUUGGCAGAGAGGGAAAUCUGGUUGCCGUCUUCCAGGAAGAGCACAGCCGUGUCCUUCAGCAGCUACAAGUCUUCACUUUCUUCCCAGAGAGCACUCCUGCAGCCAAGAAGCCCUUUGAGAGGAAGAGCUUAGAGCGCCAGUCAGCACGAAGGCAGCCGCUUCUGGGCAUGCCCAGCUACAUGCUGCAGUCGGAUGACUUACGCACAGCCCUGCUAGCUCGAUACCCCCCUGACAAGCUCUUCCAGGCUGAGCGCAACUUCAAUGCAGCACAAGAUCUGGAUGUAUCUCUCCUGGAAGGAGACCUCGUGGGCGUCCUCAAGAAGAAAGACCCUAUGGGCAGUCAGAACCGCUGGCUUAUUGAUAAUGGAGUGACGAAAGGGUUUGUGUACAGCUCCUUCUUGAAGCCUUACAAUCCGCGAUGUAGCCAUUCAGAUGCCUCUGUAGGCAGCCAUUCCUCCAGUGAAUCUGAACACAGUGGCUCAUCUUCCUCCCGUGGCAGCAGCAUCCUGGGCAGCACACUGAGUAAUGCUUCUGUGAGUAGCCCACAGAAGACUUCACCAGACUCUGGCUUCCAAGGGGACCUCCUCCAUUCACCACAGACUCCUUCUGAGGUGGAUGCUACCUGCCAGGCCCAGGUGGGCCCUACAGGGGGGUUGGCGCAGCCUCCCCGCCUUGUUCCAGCCUCACGGCGCUACAACAACCCUGACCCUCGCAAUGGACACCCACCUCGACCCAAGGCUAGAGAGGCACCAUCAUUGGAGGACAGCAACUCUGGGAUGAAGAGCAGUGAAUGUAAAGGAAACCAGAUUUAUUAUGCUCUUUACACCUUUAAGGGACGUAAUUCAAAUGAACUGAGUGUAAUAGCCAAUCAGAGACUAAAGAUUCUGCAAUUUGAAGACAUCACUGGCAAUCAGGAGUGGUGGUUGGCAGAAGUGCAUGGAAAGCGGGGCUAUGUGCCAUCAAGCUACAUUCGGAAGACAGAGUACACGUGAGAUGUCUCCAGCGCAGUGUCGGAAUCUGGUGCCUUAAUCACAUUUGGAACUGGACAGAAGAAGGCCUUGCUCAGUCCACUUGUCCUUCCCUGGUGGUUUAGAUUUGGAUAUCAUUAGUGGGGAGUGACAUUUCCUAUGAUUAUGAAAUGAGGUGUUCUCAUUGGCCUUUUAUUGUUUUACCUUUCACCUUACAAGGCAGAACUACCAGGCCUGAGCAGCAGCCUUCUCUUCCCUUCAGCAGUCCUGGUUAAGUUCAUUCCUUCAUGGGAAGGACUUUAGUCCUCUUUGACUAGCAAGGGUGCAGUCUGGCUGGAGAUGAUGAAGCAAGGAGGCAUCUGGUUAAUUGCAAGCCAAGAGCCCUGUGUGUGAUAGGCAUUAAUUCAGAACCUAACAAGAGCCCUACUGGUUCAGGUGGAGGAUCCAUCCAUGUCAGUAUUUUGUUCCCCCAGAAAAGCCAGCCCACCAGCCGUCCAUAAAAACAAUGAACUUCCCCUGCCCUUCACUCCCCAGCAACUGAUAUUGAAAGGAACACUGUCUCUGAAGCAAAGCUUGUAAAAGUGCCUUUAUCAUAAUCUAGGAUUGGAGCAUGUUGGAGGAUUCUGGAAGUUGUCAUCUCCCCCAAAAAAGAUCUAUAAGCUCUCUGCUGAACCUACAGGUUCCACUUAACAAUCAUAAUAGCUAUUGACCAAUUUGGCCUUCAUUAAAGCAUGGCUGGACCAAUAUAGCAGAAGACAGAAAAACAGAUUGAAAGGCUCUUCUCUGAAGGAUAGAUUUAUAUCGCGUACAAAACUGCUGCAUACUGGCCACCAAAGAGGAUAUAUUCAGAGCACCACUAUUCAGACGCCAUUAGAUUCUGUAGUGUUGGCUAAGCAGGGUAAAUAAACUGGACUGGAAUCCUGCUGGUGUCUUAUGCCAGCAUAUUGGUCUAUUAAAUCAGCCCCCCCCCCCCAAUUGCCCUGCUGGCUUCCAAGCAGUUGGAGAUAGAGAUCCUGCAUAAGGAAACUUAUUGCAAAGUAUGAUACAUUUUCCCUCUCUCUACCAUAAAGACUUCACUUACAGUUGUUUAGUAGCUGGUGAAAACCAGAGGGCAUUGGAGAAACAUCUGGCUAUGUGUUUAUAGUUGAGUGCACCAUGGCAAUAUCGCCAUCCAGGAGAAUCUGAGUUUGUGAAGGAGUCUUUUCCCUGUGUUUAGCUAUAGGCACAUAGCCAGACACUUCUCUGAUGUCUCCCUGUUCUCCAUCAGACAUCUAAUGCCUCUUGGGGUGUGUAUGAGUAAGAUGAGUCCAGCAGGGAUUUUGGCCCUUGCAUGGAAGAGAUGUUGAAUUCCCUUCCUCUGCAGUUAACAAAAGGUUCACUUUCAGUUAGGCCUGAAAUUCAGCUCUUGUCCUCCCAAUCCUGGUGGUCAGCCCCUGCAGCAAUGUUUUUCUGAUGCUGUCAAUCAAUUAUAGCCCUCGGAUGCUGCAGUGUCAUUGUGUGACUGUAAACUGCUGGGAUUGCUCCAACCUCUGGGCACCAGUUAGAAUUGGCAGGGGUGGAGUGAAUUCCUGUAUUUGGUGGAAAGGACCCUACACAGUGAAAGUGGUGCAUUUUGUCUAAUACUUCUGAGCUGCUGUUUUGUAAAUAAAAUUCUCUUUCUGAAA